GAGAUGGUCGGAAAAAUAAAGCUGUGACAAAAAUGGCGGUUCACUUCACAGCUCGGUGAAAUCUUUUCAAGCCUCGGGCUUGCUGGGGCAUGACCAUAGCCGAAGUCCUCCUCUCUCGUUGUACUGGUUAUGGCCUACGGGGAUUCGACAUAAUUUAGCUCUGUAAAGUAGAAAAAUAAAAGGCCUGAUGUGGAGGACGAUGCCUCUCGGACCAACAUGGCAUUUUGUCGGAUGGAAGCACUUGAAGAAGCAAUUCUCGACGCACCAUCGCGCGAUGGCGAGCCGUCCGGACAUCGUUGCUGCCAACAUCUUGAUCACGCAACACGCGAGGAGUGGCCAGCUGGACGUCGCACGACGCCUGUUCGACCAAAUGUCUGAAAGGACCGUCGUCUCUUGGAACACCAUUAUCGCUGGUUAUUCCCGGUGGGGAAGGUACGGGGAAGCUCUUAGCCUUGUCUCGAGCAUGCAUCACCGCGGUGUCAGGCUCAACGAGACCACUCUUUCUACGGUACUGAGCGUCUGCGCGAAUUGUUGCUCGUCAUAUGAUGGGAGGCAAAUCCAUUGCCUUGUUUUGAAAUCGGGUUUUGAGGAUUUCGAGUAUGUAUGGAGUGCUUUGAUGUAUUUCUAUGCUAAUUGCUUUGAGAUUAAAGAGGCGAAGCAGGUUUUCGAGGAAUUUCGUGGUAGUAAUGACUUGCUAUGGAGCGUAAUGCUUGCGGGCUAUGUGCAUUGUGAUCAUAUGGACGAGGCUUGGGCUCUGUUCAUGAAGAUGCCUGAACGAGGCAUUGUUGCAUGGACAACGUUGAUUUCUGGAUUUGCUAAGCGGGACGAUGGCUGUGAGAAGGCUCUUGAGUUGUUUCGAUGGCUGAGAGAAACUCAUGAGGCAGCACCUAAUGAGUUUACUUUUGAUUGUGUUUUGAGGGCUUGUGGUAGGCUGAGAUCUCACAGUGUAGGGAGAGUUGUACAUGGUCUUGUGGUAAAAUCAGGGUAUGAGUGUGAUCAAUCUAUUGGCAGUGCAAUUAUUGAAUUUUACUGUGAAAGUGAAGCGAUCGAUGAAGCAAGGAAGGUUUAUGAAAAGAUGUCGCAACCAAGUUUAAACGCUUCAAACUCUCUAAUUGGGGGACUGAUAUUUGCAGGUAGAAUUGAAGAUGCUGAGCUGAUAUUCAGUGGGUUAACUACUAACCCAAUUUCAUGUAACUUAAUGAUUAAAGGGUAUGCUAUGAAUGAUCGAGUUGCGGAUUCAAAAAGCUUGUUUGAGAAGAUGCCUAUGAAGACAUUAAUAUCUAUAAAUACCAUGAUUUCAGUGUAUUGCAGGACUGGUGAAAUUGAGAAGGCAUUGGAGCUUUUCGAAGAAGUAAAUGGGGAAAGAAACUCAGUCACAUGGAACUCAAUGAUAUCUGGUUAUAUUCAGAAUAGUAUGCAUGAAGAAGCAUUCAAAUUAUAUGAGACCAUGAGUAGAUUAGCCAUACAUAGAACCAGAUCAACUUUCUCUGCUUUGUUGCAUGCUUGUUCAUCUGUUGGAUCUCUUCAACUAGGUCGACAACUUCAAGCACAGUUGCUUAAAGCAUCAUUUGAGUCGAACAUUUAUGUAGGAACAUCACUUAUUGACAUGUAUUCCAGAUGCGGAUGCAUUGAUGAUGCUCGAGUAUCAUUCGCCAGCAUUUCCUCACCCAAUGUUGCUGCUUGGACUGCUCUUAUCAAUGGAUAUGCACAUCAUAGGCUUGGCUCUGAGGCAAUUCUUCUCUUUGAGCAGAUGUUGCGGCAAGGGGUGAACCCUAAUGCAGCUACUUUUGUUGGAAUUUUAGCUGCUUGUGGCCAUUCUGGUCUGGUUGACAAGGGAAUGAAUUUUUUUCACUUGAUGAAAGAUUAUGGAUUAAAACCCAACCUGGAGCAUUAUGCAUGUGUUGUGGAUCUUCUUGGUCGAUCAGGUUAUCUGAAGGAAGCUGAAGAGUUUAUAAACGAGAUGCCAAUUGUAGCUGAUGGGGUCAUUUGGGGAGCUUUGCUUAGUUCAUGUUGGUUCUCCGGAGACGUGGAAAUGGGUGAGAGGGCAGCUGAGAAGAUGUUUAGCAUAGAUCCUAAAACAGUAUCUGCUUAUGUUAUUCUUUCCAACAUUUAUGCAUUGUCGGGAAGAUGGAAGGAGAAGAGGAAGGUGAGGAAGCACUUAAGAGGUUUGGAAGUGAAAAAGGAUCCUGGGCGAAGCUGGAUUGAACUCAAUACCAAAGUUCAUGUAUUCUCUGUGGAAGAUAGAAUACACCCACAAUGUAACGUGAUUUAUUCUACAUUGGAGCAGAUAACAGCAAAUGUCAACUUGUUUAUGAAUCUCGGUUUUGCUUACUGACCAACUCAUAAGAGCCACCAGUGGAUACUCUCUGCCGUUGCACAUUAGCUUUCUGAAAUGUUUAUACAGUGACGAAGAAUGUCACCAGUUAUAUCUUGCCGGAAGGCUAAGUCCAAUUGCUGUGUGGGACACCCUGAAGAUCACAAGCUUGCAAAACGUAAAUGCUGCGGUCUGACAAGCCAAAGAUCCCAUGAUAGAUAGCAUUGAAUAGAUUGUGGGUGCUGGUCUCCUUUGCUGAUGCCAGUGCAAAAGAUUCUUGACUGUGAGAGAAGAUUGAGCUGCUGGUACAUAAAUUCAGAAUCUUUGUUCUGAGGUUGGCAAAGUGUAUGUAAAUUCUGGCAACCAUGACUGCUGGGAAACUUUUUUAGACAAUUUAGAAACUUUUGUUUCUUGGCCUCAACAGUGAACUUGUACCUGCACUGGUCCAUCGAUCAAUAAAAACUCUGGCGGGAAGUGUCAUUAACUUAAACGAACUUUCAAAUUCUUCUUUUGUUAUCUUGGGUAGCUUUUUUGAAGGCUAAAAGACAGUAGAUUACAUUGUUUUUGUGGGAUUAAGGGCUCCUACGCUUAGAUAGCAGCUCUUUCUCUAAUAAUUGAGAA